AUGGAUUGCACUCCUGCUCAGAAGGUCAGAUAUGGAACUCAUAUGCUGGCUAAGGAAGCUGAUGAUUGGUGGUUGGAGACGCUUGCUAGGUUGGAGUUUUCAGGUGAGGAAGUCACUUGGAAUGUGUUCCGUAGGAAAUUUUUGAGGAAGUACUAUCCUGAAGAUGUUCGGGGUAAGAAAGAGAUAGAAUUCCUAGAGUUGACGCAAGGGAACAAGUCCGUGACCGAGUAUGCUGCCAAGUUCACUGAGUUGAUUAAGUUCUAUCCUCACUUUGAUGGCGAAGGUGCUGAAUUUUCUAAGUGCAUCAAGUUUCAGAAUGGGUUACGCUCGGAGAUCAAGAAGGCUGUUGGGUACCAAAAGAUCCGUUUGUUUUCUGAUUUGGUUGACAGUUGUAGGAUCUUUGAGGAAGAUAGUAAUGCUCAUCACAAGAUGGUUAGUGAUAGAAGGGGCAAGAAUCAACAAAGUCGUGGGAAACCGUAUGAUGCUGGUAAAGGGAAACAAAGAGUUACUCAUGGUCAGAGGUCUAGUGGGGGAGAUGCUCCUGCUAGGAUUGUAUGUUUCAAAUGUGGUCAACCUGGUCAUAAGAGCAAUGCUUGUACUGCUGAUGCGAGGAAGUGUUUCAGAUGUGGUAAGAUGGGACAUGCAAUGUCUGAUUGCAAGCAUAAGGACAUGGUAUGUUUCACGUGUGGCGAAGAGGGACACAUUGGUAGCCAGUGUCCAAAGAAGAAGGCACAAUCUGGUGGAAAGGUGUUUGCUUUAGCUGGGACUCCUACCGCUAGUGGAGACCGACUCAUCAGAGUUAGAAUUAACGAGUUAAAGGUGGUGCAAGAAUUUCCUGAUGUGUUUCCUGAUGAAAUUCCUGAUGUCCCUCCGGAAAGAGAAGUUGAGUUUGCGAUUGAUCUUAUGGACGAUGUGCAAGUGCAUGAUAAUCUCACAGUGGAGACGAUGCCUGUGCGAAUUGUGGAUCGUGAGAUGAAGAUUCUAAGAGGUAAAAAGAUUACAUUGGUGAAAGUUGUCUGGUUAGGAGCUGCUGGUGAAAGCUUGAAAUUUUUGCGUUUUGGGGCGAUUUAG